AAUUUUCAUUACUACUCAAAACAAGAAAAACUCAGAAUCAAGUUUUUACAUAUUAGCGAGAAAAUUACAAGGCAACUUUUAAAUUUUCCAGUUCUGUUAUGCGUAGAUACUUUUCCAACGUUCUAGACCACCCGGUUUACAAACCAAUUCUUUAUAUAACAUCAAAAAACAAUAAAUUUAAGAUUGAAAAAUGAAUUUUAUUCUUGAUAUUGUUGACUACAAGUUCAGGCCGAGUUAAAAAAGGUAGCUUUUUUAAAGCAUAGUUUGUCCUGUAGUCGUCGUUCAAAGAUUGUUUUCAAACGUCAUGGGGUUCUGAUGAUUUAAGAAGCAAAAUCACUAUAUAAAACUUUAUUUACAUUAAAAAUAUGUAGAACUUGGUCGUUUUUCCAUAAAAAAAUAUCUGUGUUGCCCAUUCAAAAGCAACAGAGUUCAUGUGUAAAAAGUAAACUGACACAUAUUUCUAUUGUAAAUUGUUUUUCUAGCAAAAACGAUUUAUUUUAUCGUAUUAAAAAGCAAAUGUAAUUUUUUUUGACUCUCCAAUUGUGCAAGAAGUUUAAAAAUUCAACAGUCAUAUUUUCUAUCAUCUGACUCCCGCUCCUAAGUGAACGUUGCAAAACAAUUUUACUAUGAGUUUUUUUAAUCCACUAUAAUGAGGGUAAUAUUGAAGCAGAUCAAUUAUUUUUAUACAAGUAUAUGUUUUAUGCUAAUUUUGUUUCUCGGUAGUAGAAUAGUUAGUGUUUCUGGUGUCAAGGGUUUGCAUGCAACAUACGGUCUAGCAAUCCUCAAAAAUAAAGUUGGUCUUCUACAAGAAUUGAAUGCUUCUGUUGCGUCAACCAAAAGUAGAUUUGGAUCCUUGUCAUCGUUUUCCGGGUAUAAAAAAAUAAAACCAGCGAUAAUUCCAUGCUCAGAGUGUAUGAAAAUACUUGAUAAAUUUAUAUCACAAUGUGCUUUAAAUGAAGGUUUCUUGAAACCCGUAAUAUCGCUACGAGAAUUUUGUGAAACGUCAGUCUCAGCAGAUCCUUCUUUUACAGAUCGUGAUUUCAAAUACUGUUUAGAGCUGGGGAAACGUCUUGCCAAAAAAACAGGAGCUAAUUUUGCUGCAUUACACACAAACAACCAUGUCAUGGGAUCUUGCUCCGCCUUUCUAAAUAUGUGCCACGAACAUGGUGGAGGAUGGAGAUGUUACUCUGGACUAUGUGACGAAUUAGCAGCUUGCACUGAUUGUCCUUACGUUAUGUUACAGCUAGCUCCCCAGCAACCUUUACAACCUGAGAUUUGUGCUGACCGAGGUGAAUGUUUCAUAGGGUCAACAACAAGCAAUAAUGGGUAUUGUGAAUGUGACAACCCUUUUCGCGGCCUUGCAUGUGAUCAAUACGUAAUUCACAGUACCACUGAUAUUUAAAAAAUUUUUUCCAUAACAAAACCACAAUUAAAAAAAAAUCUUCUAGAACAUUUUAUUGUUAGGCAGUUUACGUUUGCAAUUGAAGUAUGAUAAUUACCUUUUAUAUUUACACUGUAUACACUUAAA